AAAUGUGAAAUAAUGUUAUAUAAUAAAUAAGAAUUUGGUAUAAUUGAUUAAUUUCCAUAGGCUGUGGCGCCCAGUGGGGCUUGUGGGCAAACAGGUCCUUAGAAUAGUUAAAUUCUAGGGUCACCACCCACAGAAGUCACAGACUCACAGCCCACAGGGCCAAAUAAAGGCGGCGGUGUGGCGUGUUAUAUUAUAUAUAUAUAUAUAUGUGGUUGCAACAAGAAAAAAACUCUGAGGAAGGGAGGAAGAAAAAGAUUAUACGAAAGAUGUGUGUCAGAGUAGUGAGUACAGUUGCGGAUGCUUUCCUCUGACCCACGAAACACGCCAUCUCCCAAAAUCAGUGAUAUUUUCUCUUUCUUCCAGAAAUGGUCGUUACUACUCUCGAAACAGACCCACGUCACCUUUCACCCCUCCCUUGAAAGUUGAAACCACCAUCUCACCAAACUGUAAUCCUACCACCUCAGAAUCCACUUUCUGUCCACCCGAAGACCAUCCCCAUGGCGUUUGUCAGCUCCCAGCUUUAACCCUUUUUAUUCUCUUUCCCUGAAGCUUCAUUCUGCCGCUACCCCUCUGCUUUAUGGAAACUCCUUUGGUUUUUCUUCUCUCUGCUUCUCUGCUAGCGUGAAAACAAAACAAUGCUGCUUUCGAUAUUUUUGGCUCUGUUUUUACCCUGUGCUGGCAUGAGCGUCGUCUUCGUGGUCUACAUCUGCCUCUUGUGGUACUCCGCCCUGGGCCAGCAGCCGGAGUUGCCAGCGCCGGUCAAGCCGGAGUCUGAGAAGGGACUCUCGGCGUCGGACCUCGACAAACUGCCCAAACUCGCUGGAAAGGAUCUCGUCGUGGGAGCGGAGUGCGCGGUAUGCUUGGACGAAAUAGAGAGUGACGCACCGGCCAGAUUAAUUCCCGGUUGCAAUCAUGGCUUCCAUCUCCAGUGCGCCGAUACUUGGCUCUCCAAGCACUCGGUUUGCCCUCUUUGUAGAGCCAUUCUCGCGCCUGAGUUUUUCAACACCUCUGAAAAUCCCUGCUAAAAUAGAAAACCGAAGAAUGAUCGCCUUCUCUGUUCUUUUUGCUCUGUAUUUAUUCGAUUUUUGAGAGCUUUUUCCGAGUUCUUCCAGUCAUAACCAGGUUUUAUGUUGUCCAUAUCUGUUUUCCAAUGAAUACAGAAAUUUCAUAUUAUUAAUCUUAA